AUGAGCGGGGUGCUGUCAGGGGUAACCACAUCUGUCAACCGUUCUUGGCCAAUAAAGAGCGGAGCGAGGCGGACCACAGGUGCGCGCCUCUGCGUCCCCUUGGCACAGCGCCCGGGAGAUGCUGGAGAGAGACGCCUCGCUGCCCCGUGGCGCAAAAGAGUUCCUGUCAAAGGCAGCCUCCUUUUAACUCCAGCUAUCACUCUGGCUGCGAGAGUUAUGGCGACCGCAACGUCCAACCACUACAGCGUCCUCAGCACCCCCAGCAGCGCGCCGCCGCCGCACUCCGAGUCCGGGAGCAUGCAGCAGGCGGCAGCGUACAGGGACGCGCACAGCCUGCUCCAGAACGACUACAGCUCGUUACCGGGCGGCGGACAUCCUCUCAGCCACGCGCACCAGUGGAUAACGGCACUGUCUCACGGUGACGGCGGGGCGCCCUGGCCAUCUAGUCCCCUCGGAGAGCAGGACGUGAAGCCCGUGCUGCACGACAGUGACCGAGAGGAGCUGCAGAACUCCAGCAGUCUGCAGCAGCAGCAGCAGCAGCAGCAACAGCGACACCCUCACCUCGCGCACCAGCAGGCGCAUCACGACGCCAGAGCAUGGCGAACCAGCACAGCCACCACGCACAUCCCCGGUAUGGCGACUUCUGAGGGCCAGAGUCUGGUCUAUUCCCAGUCCGGUUUCAGUCUGAUGCCGGGGGGAGAGCAAGGGGGGAUGCACCAUCACCCCCUGCGGGACGAGGACCACCACAGCCACAGCCCGCACCUCAGUGAGCACGGAGGCGGCCCCGGGGCCCACCAGCAGUCUCUGUCACAUCAUCACCAGCACGGGGGCCACCAGGACCAGUCAGACGAGGACACACCGACCUCUGAUGAGUUGGAGCAGUUUGCCAAGCAGUUCAAGCAGCGCCGCAUCAAGCUGGGCUUCACACAGGCGGACGUGGGUCUGGCUCUGGGGACGCUGUAUGGAAACGUGUUUUCUCAGACCACCAUUUGCAGGUUCGAGGCGCUGCAGCUGAGCUUCAAGAACAUGUGUAAACUCAAGCCCUUGUUGAACAAGUGGCUGGAGGAGGCGGACUCCACCUCGGGGAGCCCCACGAGCCUGGAUAAAAUCGCGGCACAGGGCAGGAAAAGGAAAAAGAGGACCUCCAUCGAGGUGGGCGUGAAAGGGGCUCUGGAGAGCCAUUUUCUCAAAUGUCCAAAACCUGGAGCUGCGGAGAUCAACUCCCUGGCGGACAGCCUGCAGCUGGAGAAGGAGGUGGUGCGGGUUUGGUUUUGUAACAGGAGGCAGAAGGAGAAGAGGAUGACACCUGCGGGAGGACAGAUAGCAGGAGGAGAGGACAUGUACGGGGACACCCCUCCUCACCACGGAGGACAAACUCCAGUGCAGUGACCCCCUCACAGAACACGGACCCUUACACAGGAGGAUUCAUGCCUCCUUAUUUGUUUGAUUGUCCGUGCUGGACCGUGCUGAACUGGACCUCAGCCAGGCUAAAUGUUGGACCCACUCACAAAUACUCAGUGGGACAAACACGCAUACACACAGCGGGGAUCUACAGUGGCACUCCAGCACUAAAACACGCAGAGUAGUGGGCUGUGAGGAGGGUUCGUGCCGCGGGACUGCCAAGCAUACUGUGAGACGGCUAGUGUAUGCUAACCAAAAGAAAAAAGAACCUUAGCGAACGCUUUUUCUCCACGUUCUCCCACGGCGUCAUUAUUUAACGCGCCAUUAAAGAAAGGCAUUAGCAGGGGAAGACUGGGGCACGAGGUGUCCUCUGGAGGGGGAAAUAUAGAAAAACGAGCUCGUGGCUCGAGGAGAAGUCGCAGUGAGAGUGGGUAAAUAAACGCCAUCUUUCCAUCAUAACAAAAGCAACAGGGGUUCUGCUCAGCGCGUGGCACGAGAGGCUGAAAUGGCAGACACCUGCUGUACCACCUUAA